AUGGCGACGGUGCAGCAACUGCCGUUGUUGCUGCUUGAAUCUGUUGGUUUGGUGAGCGAACUAAGAAACGCUCUCCUUCACCAUAUAACAACACCAAAGAGCUCAAUACGGACUAGCUCAUCUACUGCCUCGUCAUCCCAUCAUGAGACCAGUCUACUGCAAGAACCACUGUCCAACGAACAUGUCAAGACUGAAGUUACAUCAUUGAAUGUUUCAGAUGCCACAAUCAAGACAGACCAUAGCAACAAUAGCAGUCCAGUUCAUCCAAGUGAUACUCAAUCAUAUCCAAUAUGGGCUUCUCCUCUAUUUGGGCACAUGAUAUCACGUAGGCUUCAACUGCUACAGCCCAACACAUUCAAUCGCUGUACAGUCCAUCAACGACGAUCAUUUUGGACCGAACGGAGGCUUCAAAGGCUAGAAUUUGAAGCUGAUGAUUACGCUUUUAGAACUGAUCCGAGGAAACAAGCUGAACUUUACAAGGAAUUGUUAAAGAGUGGCAACUAUUCUGCAUUGAUACACCGAUACGAGAGCCAGCCUCAGUUGGGACCAACGUCAAUGCGUUACCCAUUGUCAGCUAGAACACUCGAUGCUCAACGUAUACAGCAGGAUAGAGACUGUCUCAAAUCAUACGUGACAGCUCUAGCUCGUGAUGGCAAAGUCGAUACGUUGUCUGAUCGCGUUGCUGCUCUAAUGAGCAGACAAAACAUUCCUCAUGAAUCCGAUAGCUUUAAUAAUAGUAAUAAUAAUAGUGGUAAACUCGAUGAUAUAUUACCGCCUAUAUCUGGUACCAGCAACCUCUCUUCCGCGUCGUCGAUGCCAAAAGUCACCAUGGCAGAUGGCCGUCAACAUAAUGUCAAGACCUCAACCGCAGAAUGGGAGAGAGCUAUAUCUGCUAGAUCAGCACCAACGACACGAGCUCCAUCAUUUAGAUUUGGAUCUGCCAUAAGUGCUUCUGGUAAUGGAUCUUCUGGUAUGGGAGGAUCUUCAGAACCGCUUCCUGGUGAUCGAGAUGCUCCCAUUCAAGUAGUGAUAUCUGAAGCAUGGUCAUGGGGCAAGUUUGCCAGAACAAUGACUAGUAAAAUAAUACUAGGAGUACUACUCAUGACUGGUUUAUCAGUAGUACUGGAUCAACAAGGAAUUAUAAAGUCAGGAAUGGCAUCGGCUGAAGUAGAACCAAACAAUUUGACACAAGCAAUCAAGUUUGCUGAUGUACAGGGUGUCGAUGAAGCCAAGCAGGAGUUGGAAGAAGUCGUCUCCUUCUUGAGGGAGCCCAAGAAAUUUAUGGAGGUGGGUGGUAAAUUACCCAAAGGCAUAUUAUUAUAUGGGCCUCCAGGAACUGGCAAGACUCAUUUAGCACGAGCUGUAGCAGGAGAAGCAGGAGUGCCCUUCUUUCAAAUGUCGGGCUCAGAGUUUGAUGAGCUGUAUGUUGGUGUAGGAGCUCGUCGAGUGCGUGAAUUAUUCGCAGCCGCCAAGAAGAAGGCACCAUGUAUAGUCUUUAUUGAUGAAAUCGAUGCUGUGGGUAGUAAACGAAGCUCCAAAGACCAAUCAUAUAUGAGACAGACAUUGAAUCAGCUCUUGGUCGAAUUGGAUGGAUUCUCGUCCAGUGAGGGUGUCAUCUUCAUAGCUGCUACCAACACCCCAGAAGCCUUAGACAAGGCUCUCGUCAGACCUGGUAGAUUCGAUCGGCUAGUACCCGUCCCAUUACCAGAUGUAAAAGGUCGAUCUCGUAUAUUAGAAGUACACAUGAAAUCCGUCCAAGUAUCAAGGGACGUUGAUACGACCACCAUUGCUAGAGGAACGCCAGGCUUCUCAGGGGCAGAUUUAGCCAAUCUUAUAAAUCAAGCUGCCAUCAAAGCUUCAAAAGAUGGAGCUAAAUCUAUUCGCAUGGGAGAUUUGGAAUGGGCCAAGGAUAAAAUAAUAAUGGGAUCGGAACGUAAAUCAGCUGUAAUAUCUGAACAUAAUCGCCGAUUGACUGCAUACCAUGAGGGAGGUCACACUCUGGUAGCUUUGUAUACAGCAGGUGCCAUGCCAUUACACAAAGUCACUGUGAUUCCUCGAGGCAAUGCUCUAGGAGUUACAGUGCAACUACCAGAAGGCGACGUGACAAACCAUACACGUAAAGAACUAUCCGCUAUACUCGAUGUCUGUAUGGGAGGUCGGGCCGCUGAAGAAAUGGUGUUUGGAGCUGAAGAAGUAACUACAGGAGCAGCAUCCGAUCUCGAGAAGGCCACCAGUGUAGCAAGACAAAUGUGUACUAGCUACGGUAUGAGUGAUAAAGUUGGAUUGUCUGCUCAUCAAGAGGACGUGUCGCCAGCAACCCGGGCGGUCAUCGAAGCUGAGAUUGAUUCCAUGCUGACAGCGUCAUACAAACGAGCACUCACUGUCUUGAAGACUCAUAAAGAGGAGCUUCAUAGGCUUUCUAAGGCCUUGAUUGAACACGAGACUUUGACUCUUGAGGAAGUCAAGACUGUUGUGAAAGGUGGGUGUCACGAGCCGUAA